UGUCGGUCGACAGAGCACGCCGCGUCGCUGAGGAUCUCCGAACUCCGAGUCGUCGAGCGGCAGCAGCAGGGAACGAGGAACCACGCGUUGAAAAUGAGCGGCUGCAGGAAGAGGUGCAAGCGGCAGAUCCUCAAAUUCGCCCAGUAUGUCUUCCGGAUAAUCACAGGCACCCUGAGCACAGACAGUAUCGACGAUGAGCAGGAGCAGUACACGAUCCGCCAUCGUCCCGAGGCUCUGGAGCAGCUAGAAGCUCAGACCAGGUUCACAAAGAAAGAGCUUCAGACUCUCUACAGAGGCUUCAAGAAUGAAUGUCCAAGCGGGGUGGUUAAUGAGGAAACCUUCAAAGGGAUCUACUCACAGUUCUUCCCACAAGGAGACGCGUCUCGGUACGCACACUUCCUAUUCAACGCAUUCGACACAGAUCACAACGGCUCUGUGAAUUUUGAGGACUUUGCGCUGGGUCUCUCCAUCCUGCUCCGGGGCUCGGUGCAGGAGAAGCUAAACUGGGCAUUCAAUUUAUACGACAUUAAUAAGGACGGAUACAUAACUAAAGACGAGAUGCUGGACAUCAUGAGGGCUAUUUACAGCAUGAUGGGCAGGUGCACCUACCCAGUGCUGAAGGACGACACGCCCAGACAGCACGUGGAGAUAUUCUUCCAGAAAAUGGACAAGAACAAAGAUGGAGUGGUGACCAUAGAUGAAUUCAUUGACUGCUGCCAAAAAGAUGAGAAUAUAAUGAGGUCAAUGCAGCUGUUUGAGAACGUCAUUUGACGCUGGUCCGGUCCAGUCCCGUCCUCCUGCUGGUUCUCCACUAGUUCUUCACAGGACUGUCCAUUUGACGCCGCUUCAGAGUAUCUUCAGAGUAUCUUCAGAGUAUAUGUGUAUACAUGACCUAUAAAGGUUCAUCUGGUUGCAUUCUCAUCUUCGCUGAGAUGGUGCAUCUUCAUGAGAUGGUGCAUCUUCAUGAGAUGGUGCCGUGAUACUGUGCGCCUCAUGGGAUAGUUACACGUCAUCGACAAACGGUGAGCCGGUCAACGGACUGCGUUGCGUUCAGCCGCUUUACGGUACAGAUCUCUACAUGUUUUUCGUUACGUUUGUGUUAGUUUUCUCCUGCACCUCUGCCCUGUUAGUAGCGAUACGCCUCGUUAGGGACUGUAAUUUAGAUGUUUUACUCCUCUGUUGCAACACGAGCCAGAUGAGUGUGGUUAAUUACCGGGGCGAGUGGAGCUGCAAAGUGAUUUGGCUCGUUGGUAAAUCUAGGUAAACUGCCGCGAACCUAAAAGGGGACCAAACCAACGGGCUGUCUGCGCCCAUCCGGAUCCGUCCCCAAGCACAUCCCCACUCGCUUUAAUGAAGUACUGAACGGCCUUGAAAUUCAGAAAGAGUUUGUCUCUGUACAGAAUAAAGUCGGAGAGCAUCCUCUGCAGUGUUAAAGGCACACGGAGAGAUGUCUGGACAGCGGAACAGGCUACAUUCAAGCUUUGAUUUAGAUCAAACAGUAAAUUUCUGGGCCGUGCCCUUGUUGGACCCUGUUACAGUACUGACAAGCACACAAUAUACUGUAAGACUAACAGUAAACAAGAAGGCAUUACGGAAUCUGUAACUUGGAAAAAAAUGCCAUGUUAAAUGGUAGUUAUCAACUUGAAAAAUCAUCGUUACCAUUUAAAGUUAGAGAAUAAAAUGUAUUAAUUAAUGCUGAAGCACAUGCUUAGGUAUAGUUUAUAGAAAUAUGAAGGCAUAGGAAAAUAUCAUUCUGUGCAGAACCGUGCUUUAUAAUUUGCAUAAAUGUGUCACUUGAAUUCAUCUGUAUAUUUUAUUUUUAUUAUUACUGUAAAUGUCAUUUGUUUUUUGUUUUCUAUGCACAAUACAAUACUAGACAAUAAA